AGACGAUACCUAACCUACAUAUAUUUACGAAAAUAACUGUUCAACAUGUUAAAUGGCAUACGUAUCGCCUUGAGAACAGUGGGAAAAGUAACAAUCGGCACCAAGAUGAGCCGCCCGAAAGUGUUGGUUUCCAAUCCGACCGUACCGCAAGUUGCAUUUAACCUUCUACAGCAGUAUUGUGAGAUUAUACAAAUUGAAAAUGAUACCACUAAGGAAGAAAUAUUAUCCAAAGUUAAAGGAGUGGACGCAAUUUAUUGGGCAUCUCGUCUAAAACUAGAUAAAGAUAUUAUUGAAGCAGCAGGUCCUCAAAUGAAAACAGUUGGAACUAUGUCAGCUGGUUACAACCAUAUCGACGUCGAAGAACUAAAGAAGAGAGGAAUUAAGUUAGGCAAUACACCGCUUGUUCUAGAUGAUGCUGUUGCUGACGUUGCAGUUCUCUUAGCUUUGGCAGCGUCAAGAAGACUUCAUGAAGGAAGACUGAAAAUUGAAAAUGACGAUUGGAGACCACAUAACCAAUGGAUGUUAGGUCAAGAUAUUGCAGGUUCAACAGUGGGCAUCAUUGGACUGGGAGGUAUUGGUCAAGCAAUUGUAAAACGGUUGAAGCCCUUCAUGGUGAAGCAGUUCAUUUACACAGGACACAGAGAAAAAGAAGAAGGUAAGCAAUUAGAAGCGAAAUUUGUAUCGCUGGAUACGUUAGCAAAAGAAAGUGAUUUCGCUAUAGUCUCCUGCCCAUUGAACUCAGAGACCGAGGGAAUGUGUAACGCUGACUUCUUCUCCAAAAUGAAGAAAACUUCCGUGUUUGUCAACAUAAGCAGAGGACAAGUUGUAGAUCAACCGGCUCUUGUCAAAGCACUUAAAGAAGGCCAGAUAUUUGCAGCUGGGUUAGAUGUUAUGACCCCAGAACCUUUGCCUUCAAGUGACGAAUUACUGAAACUACCAAAUGCCGUCAUUAUACCACAUUUAGGAAGUGCAACGAAAAAAACAAGAGAUGCCAUGGCUGAACUGACGGCCCAAAAUGUUUUGAGAGGAUUAGGAGGAGAAGAAAUGUUUACCCCAGUUGUUUAAAGGCAGCAUUUAACUAUAUUUUUCAAACCAUAAAGUGACGCAUACUUUCAAAGCAAUAGAUAUUGUGUAAUUUUUAUUGGGAAAACGCUUGAACGCAUUGAUUUUUAUUAUUAUGUAGUUGUUUUCUGGCAAAGUAUUAAAUCUUUUCCUUCAAAACUUUGUUAAUUAUUAAAAA